AUAAAUUUUGUGAUGAGUACAUACACUACAUUACAAUGACCUUUUAGUUUUUACUUUUUAAAUUUUAACUUCCAGUCUACUACAGAUGUAAAUGUAAUACUACUUAUUAACUGAGUCAGCUUAAAAAGUAGUAUUUAAUAUACUGAAAAAUGUCUUUCUUGCCGGUUAUUAGUAUUCAGUGUGAUUGGAAUGAUGUACUAAGAUUGCCAAAUGGAAAAGCUUGGAUAUCCUCAAAGUAUUUAAAUAUUAUUAGUGUACAUGAAAAUAUUACUGCUACUCAAAAUAAACCCGAUGUUAAGCUUAAAUUAAAUGUACCCUCAUCUUAUCAAUUGCUAUCACAUUCAAAUCUCAGCCUUGUGCUAAAGCAUAUAGAGUCUGGUUUAAAGGUAGCAUUUGUUGCCCCAACAAAAGUACAUUAUAUUCAUAAAAAGGGAAUUUUGUCAUUAUGUGCAGCUGAUAAUUCAUUGACUGUGUCUUCAUGUGAAGAAGAUACACUUUUAGUAUGGGACAGUAGAACAGAUGAGCAAUUAUUGGAUUUAAAGGGACAUGGAGGUCCUAUUUACAAGUGCAAAUUUUUCCCAUCUGGGGUUGUAGUAGUGAGUGCUGGUGCUGAUGGAUCAUUAAGAAUUUGGUCAGCUCAAUCUGGCAUCAACCCAGUUACUCUUAAAGGACACAAGAUGGCAGUCACUGAUGUAUCUAUAGUAGAUGUAGGAAGAAAUAUAAUUUCUGUAAGCAGAGAUGGCACAGCCAAAUUAUGGGAUGUUGGCAAAGCAAAUUGUUUAGAUGAUAUUAUAAAAGAUCAGGGACAAAUAAAUUGCUGUGCUAUUGGCGUAUCAUGUGAUGACGUUCCUGUUGAGAAUACUAGAGAGGUUGGUACUGGCAGCAAAAUUGUUGUUGUGGGCUGUGAGGAUGGUAUGGUGGUAGGUACACAUGUUGCUAAGAGAGAAGAAAUAUUUAGGAGACAACUGGAGUCACCAUGUAAUGCAUGUGUUAUUAUAGACCAAGUUGUUAUUAUUGGUUGCAAUAAUGGAAAGAUAAUUCAUAUAGACCUUCAGAGUGGAGAUGUGAAAAAGGAAUUACAUGAAUCAGCCAGUCCUGUUCUAAGUCUGGGCUGUCUCUCCGAUGUUCUUUAUGUUGUUGGCAGACAGGAUGGUAACUGUGCUGUCAUGUCAUUACAAGAUACAUUUAAUUCUGUUCGUGUCCAACUAACUGGUUCAGAUUGUGAUGGGAUAAGAGAUGUAUCAUUUAACGGUAAAUGGAUUUUCGCCGGCUGCCGAGACGCACGAGUGAGGAAGUAUGAUUUCAACCAAAUAAAUAUUCACUUUAAGUAAAAGGCAAUUUAAUGUUUAAUUGAUUAUAAUUUCAUCUCGGAUAAGUUUGACAUAAUAAAGAGGUUAUAUUGUAAAAAUUAUGUUAUAACUGUAGCUUCGUUGCAUUUACACACUUGAUUGUAAUGCCAUUUGUCCUGAAAAGAAAAAAUAUAUAUUUUAUUGAAUUUGUA